UCUUUUGGUUGAUAUUGAGAACAAAUAUUUUUUUAUCGCAUUUUAUAGAACCAUCGCACCAACUCGACCGAUCAGCUGUUACUGUUUUGUUAAAAUGGCUCUACGGCUGAGCACUUCACUGCUUUCUCAAUUGUCAAGAGUUGGGCGGCUUCAGGGACGAGCCGUGAGUACUUCAGCAGUGAGAUAUGUGGAUGACUUAACUGUGAAGCAAGUGGAACCCAAGGACACUAAGUCAAUACUCGCCUCAGAGGAAGUCCAGCACCAAAAGGCUAUUUCUGGAUAUAUUACUAUUGAUACUCCAGUAAGUACAGUACAGGUUGAUAUUACACCAAUUUCUGGUGUGCCGGAAGAACACAUCAAAACUCGGCGCGUUGUGAUCAAGCUGCCUUCCAAGAAUGCCAUGCAGUCUGGCACCAACAACAUCCACAGGUGGCGUCUUUUCUUUGAUGAACGUGAACGUUGGGAGAAUCCCCUCAUGGGGUGGUCAUCGACAGCAGAUCCUCUCUCCAAUAUUCAGGUUGACUUUUCCUCUCAGGAAGAUGCCAUAGCAUUUUGUGACAAGAAUGGGUGGGAGUGGACAGUUGUAGAUCCCCCUGUUAAACCUCCACGAGUCAAAAACUAUGGAGCGAACUUUUCGUGGAACAAGAGAACUCGGCGGUCUACAAAAUAACUUGUACAUUUGUAUUUUUGUUCAAUCUAUAUUUCUCUGCUGUAUCCUGUGGUGCAAGAUCAACAUGAAUUGUAGUACCUAGUGUAAAUGGACCUACUGCUUGGUGUGGUAAAUUUCCUGUUAAGAAGAUUACGUCUGUGGAGUAGAAAAAUUAUGAUAUUUAUUUUCAAACAUAUUUAUAUCUGAAAAAUACUUGCCAUAUUUGAGGGAUCACGAGUACACCAUUCCUGAGGUGUAGAACCAUUCUGCCAAGAGAUUCAUAAGGGAGAAUGAAAUACUAACCAAAACUCCAGCUGGUAAGUCAUACAUCAUGAGACUUGUCUUAAAUUUUUGUAGUUUGUUGAUGUGCGAGUGAUUUCAGAGGUUAUUGUUCAUAUCACUGCUUGACAAAGACAUCCUUAGUGUUUGGACUUGGGUUUACACAGUUGUACAUAAUUAUGAAAUAAAAUCUUAAACUGGA